AUGAAGAGAAAUUACAGACUAGUUAAUGAAUCUUCUAAUUUUGAUAGUAAUGUAUAUAAAGAAACAUAUAUUGCAAAAAAUGUUGAUAUUACUAGUAUUGCUGAACAUUUAAAUGGAAAUCCAAAAUAUGCUAUUCGAAAAGAUUCCAUGUUUUUUACUUCAAAUUCAAAUAAUGGAAAUAAUACAAAAAAUCGUUUCAACAUUAUUUCUAUUUAUCGUGGAAAAUCUGAAAAUAAAUUUGAAGUUGGAAUAGCUUACAUGGAUUUAAGAGUUUGUACUUUAAAUUUAUGUCAAUUUAUAGAUACUCCGACUUUUGAAAUUCUAAAAGUUCGACUUAGUAUGCUUGAUCCAAUUGAGAUAUUGUUAUGUGAUGCUAUGGAAGAUACAGGAAGUCAAGUAGAUGCAAUAAUAGAAAUUGCUAAAAGUGUUUGUUCAGAUAUUGAAAUAUUAAGUAUACAAAGAAGAUUUUUUGAUGAUGAAAGAGGAAUAAAUUUGAUAAGAGUUCUUGCUUCACCUGAAGCUUCUAAUAUUGAUGAAAUUGCUAUGAAAAAAUAUUUAUCCAUAUCAGCAUCAUAUUGUUUAGUUAGAUAUAUAGAACAAAUUCAAAAUAUAUCAUAUGCUUCAGAAUCAUUACAAGUUUUAUACGAAUGCUUAAAAGAUAGAUGUAUUAUAGAUUUACAAACAUGUAGAAAUCUUGAUCUCGUAAAAAAUUUAAAAGAAAAAAAUCCAUCUAAUAAAAAUUUACUUUUAUAUAAAACAUUAUUUUCUAUUUUAAAUACUUGUUUGACAGAUGGAGGUACUAGAACAUUAAAAUCCAAUUUACUUCAACCUAGUUGUGAUUUAAAUAUAAUAACAAAAAGACAAAAUGUUAUUGAAGAGUUGAAAUCAAAUGAAAAUUUGCUUCAUAGGAUACGUAAUCAUUUAGUUCAUGUACAAAAUAUGGAAUUUGUUAUAGCACUUUGUGUUCAUAUUGAAAAGAAAACUGAAAAAAGUGCUACAAGAAGAAAAAUACAAGAGUUGAUAAAUUUACGUAAAACAUUAAAUCAAGUUAUUUCUAUGAGAAAUCUUGUAAUUCCUAUAAAAUGUGAUAUUAUAUCUGAUUUAGCAAGAACAUUAUAUGACAAAAGAUUAGAUGAAAUACUUGAUUUGAUAACUGAUAAAAUAGAUAUUGAUUUUGAGGAUAAAAGAAAUAUUAAUCAGUAUUUACAAAAAAAUUUUAUUUUAUAUGCUGUUAAAUCUGAUAGUAAUAUUCUUCAAGCUAGUAGAAAAAGUUUUGAAGAAUUUAUUUUUAGUGGAGAAAGAUUGGCUGAAGAAGAGAUAGGAAAUAUUCCAAAUUGUCGUUUAGUUUACACACCAACUCGUGGAUUUUAUUAUACUGUUCAAACGAAUGGUAUUCCUAAUAAUGUUGAUAUUCCUUCUAAUUUUAUAAAUGUUUGUCAUAAUAAAACAAGCAUAACUUUCACUUCCAGAGAAUUAUUAAAAGUAAAAGAACGUAUAGAUUGUUGUGUUAGUGAAAUCUUAAUAGUUAGCAAUACAAUUGUAGAUGAAAUUUUGCUUAAUAUAAGGAAGUUGGUACCUGUUCUUUAUAAAUUAACGGAAUUUAUUUCAUAUCUAGAUUUCAUUUGCGCUUUAAGCUAUUAUUCAAGUAGUACAAACACAGUAAAACCAACAUUUUCAAAUUGUUUAAUAGUUGAAAAGGGUAGACAUCCAUUACUUGAAAAACACAAAAAAAUGAUACCAAAUGAUGUUUACAUCGCUCCUGAAUCUUGUUUUAUGUUAAUAACUGGCCCUAAUAUGUCUGGAAAAACAACUUAUAUGAAACAGGUAUGCUUACUACAAAUUCUUGCGCAAACAGGAUGUAUGAUACCUGCAGACUCAGCUACAUUUCCUCUCUUCGAAAGAAUAUUUUCAAGAUUAAGUCAUAAUGAUGAUAUUACAACCAACUUAUCUGCUUUUGAUAUGGAAAUGAGUGAGAUUGGGCCAAUAUUAAGAAAUGCUAAUGAAAAAUCAUUAAUUGCAAUUGAUGAACUAGGGAGGAGCACAUCAACUGAGGAAGGAUUAGCUAUUUGUUAUGCUAUAAUUGAAAAUUUAAUAACAACUGGAGCUUUUACAAUAUUUGCUACCCACUUUUUGAAUCUUUCUAAAAUGACAUUGUCAUUUUCUUCAAUUGAAAAUUAUCAUUUUCCUUCUGAAGAAAUUACUAGUAAUAAUGCAUCAAAUUAUAAUACUUAUCAUACAAUAAAAAAAGGACAAUAUGAAGGACCAUUAUUUGGUUUUAAACUUGCUGGUGCAUGUGGAUUUCCAGAUGAGGUUAUAGAAAAUGCUAAGAAACUUGCUGAAGGAAUUAGAAAUGAGGAUUUAAAUAAAUAUCGAACUGAUGGAAUAGUUUUAUAUAAAAGAAGACUUGUCAAACUUGGUUAUAAACUUUUUAAAUGUAUUUCAAUUGCUAAUAAACAUGAUCCUUCAAAUGUUGCUGAUCAUUUAAGAACAUUAAAAAAUGAAUAUCUUAAAGAACGUUAUUGA